CUCCACCCACCGCUGGCCCUUGGCUCAGCCCAGUGCCACUCCAGCUCGAGGAUGCCCAGCUCCCGGCUGUGACCGGCGUCCUUCGCCCGGCCACUCCUGUUCCCUGAGAGCAAGCGUCCCGGGGCACUUGUCUCGUCGCGGCGGCCUCUGAACCCCCGCACUCGUUAGUAGGAGCCGGGCGGGGACGCCUCUCUGGAUCGUACCCGCGGCCCUAGCGCACCCGGGUGGCGCCACUGCGCGCGCGGGGCAGCGGCGAGCGACGGGGACGCGCCGAGGGGACGCGGCAAGGGGGCGCCUGGAAGGGCAGCGGCGAGGGGCGCGACGCCGCCGGAAGCUGGGGUGGGGGCACCCGGGCGCGAUGCGGUGAAGAGCAAGCGACGAGGCGGCGGCGAUGAGUGCCUCUGCGGCCACCGGGGUGUUCGUGCUGUCCCUCUCAGCCAUCCCGGUCACCUACAUCUUCAACCACCUGGCGGCCCAGCACGAUUCCUGGACCAUUGUUGGGGUUGCUGCCCUCAUCCUGCUCCUGGUGGCCCUUUUGGCUCGUGUCCUUGUCAAAAGAAAACCACCACGGGACCCUCUAUUCUACGUGUAUGCGGUGUUUGGAUUUACCAGCGUGGUGAACCUCAUCAUAGGCUUGGAGCAAGAUGGCGUCAUUGACGGGUUUAUGACACAUUACCUGAGAGAGGGUGAACCGUAUCUGAACACGGCCUAUGGGCACAUGAUCUGCUACUGGGAUGGCUCUGUUCACUACCUGAUGUACCUGGUGAUGGUGGCCGCCAUAGCAUGGGAAGAAAGCUACAGAACCAUUGGCCUAUACUGGGUUGGAUCCAUUAUAAUGAGCACUGUGGUUCUUGUGCCUGGAAACAUUGUAGGAAAAUACGGAACACGUAUUUGCCCUGCAUUCUUCUUAAGCAUACCAUAUACAUGUCUUCCAGUCUGGGCUGGCUUCAGAAUCUAUAAUCAACCACCAGAAAACUAUAAUUAUCCAUCGAAGGUUCUUCAAGAAGCCCAAGCAAAGGCCCUGCUGAGAAGACCAUUUGACUUAAUGUUGGUUGUGUGUCUUUUCUUGGCAACUGGAUUUUGCCUGUUCAGAGGCUUGAUUGCUUUGGAUUGCCCAGCUGAGCUCUGCCGACUCUACACACAGUUUCAAGAGCCCUACCUAAAGGACCCUGCGGCUUAUCCUAAAAUUCAGAUGCUGGCGUACAUGUUCUAUUCUGUUCCUUACUUUGUGAUUGCACUUUAUGGCUUAGUGGUUCCUGGAUGUUCGUGGAUGCCUGACAUAACACUGGUCCAUGCUGGAGGGCUAGCCCAGGCUCAGUUUUCUCACAUUGGUGCUUCCCUUCAUGCUAGAACUGCUUAUAUCUACAGAGUCCCUGAAGAAGCAAAAAUCCUUUUUUUAGCAUUAAACAUAGCAUAUGGAGUUCUUCCUCAGCUCCUGGCCUACCGUUGUACCUACAAUCCCGAGUUCUUCAUAAGAACAAAGGCAGAUGAAAAGGUGGAAUAAAUAUACCUCAUGCUCUCUCUGACCCUGUUACAUGGAACUGAUCCUCUACUUCAUUCCCUUCCAUGACGCUCACGAGAAUAAAGAUUCUCUACAAUGUA